GAGCAGCUACCACAAGUUCUUGUUAAGCUGACGACUUAGCUAUUACCUAGAUUUCACAUUACAAGAUCUUGAAGUGAAGUUCGAUCAAACCAUGUCUAUCAAUCCGGGUUCCUCAACUGAACCUCUUUCCAGCGGAUCAGACGAUCAAUCCACUUUGACGGAUACCGAUAGCAAUGGUGAGAUUGUCGAUGGACAUGAUCUCAACGAUCUAGGUGAAUUUGUCCUGAAGCUCCUUAUUUCUCCAAAAUCUAGCCAGAAUACGAAUAAGGAUUCCGGUCAUAUCUUGAAUGAUCCAAUACCUCAAGCUUCGCCAACGGAGAUUGCAGCUACAAUCCGCACGCUUUUGUGCCAAAUCGGGGAAGAUACAAAUCGUGACGGUCUCAAAAAAACACCAGAAAGAUACGCAAAAGCACUUCAAUUUUUCACACAAGGAUACAAGGAGAAGUCGAACGAAUUGAUUAAUGGUGCCAUCUUCAAUGAAGAUACGGAAGACAUGGUAAUUGUGAGCGGCAUUGAUGUUUUCAGUUUGUGCGAACAUCACAUGUUGCCGUUCUUUGGAAAGGUACAUAUCGGAUAUAUUCCAAAUGGACGAGUGCUUGGAUUAUCAAAAUUUGCGCGAAUAGUCGAAAUGUUCUCACGAAGAUUACAAGUGCAAGAGCGUUUAACGACGCAAAUAGCGGAUACAAUAGUGGGGAUACUAGAACCACGAGGGGUUGCAGUCAUCAUAGAGUGUAAGCACAUGUGUAUGAUGAUGAGAGGGGUAGAAAAGACGGGGUCUGGGACACUAACCCAAUGUAUGAGAGGUGUGUUGAAAGAUGACGCGGAGGAACGAAAGAACUUUCAUGCCCUACUCCAACUAAGUAAGCAGAGCUAGUUGAGUAGGCAAUAUACGACUAAGAGUCAUGUGCUGUUUUGUAACAUUUACCGUACCUUGAUAUGUUUACAUGACGAUCAAGCGAGAGAGAAACCCAUGCCACAGUGACUGAGAAUUUAUUCGAGAGUUACAAUAUCUA